AUGGGUUGUGAAACCCUUUGGCUACCUUCCUCGAGCGUCCUCCUUGUCCUUCAUUUUCUUGUUCUGCGUCUACUGGGAUUGUCUAAUUUCUCUGUGUCCGAUUCACCGGACCCUCUGCCCAUUCCUCCUGCUACACGUACCUCCUCGAUGGCAAGCUCCGACAAGUACGACAUAGUUAUUGUGGGCGCAGGCCCCGUGGGACUUCUUCUGUCCCUCUGUCUGUCCCGGUGGGGUUAUAAGGUCAAGCACAUUGAUAACAGACCAGUGCCCACUGCGACGGGUCGCGCCGAUGGCAUCCAGCCGCGUUCUAUGGAGAUCCUCCGUAACCUGGGGCUGAAGCGCGCAUUGAUGGCAUACGAGCCUGCGAAAGUCUUCGACGUAGCGUUCUGGGACCCCCUGCCAGGCGGCAAGGGUAUUCAUCGGACUGGAAACUGGCCCAGUUGCCCUCGGUUUAUUGACACCAGAUACCCUUUCACCACUCUCGUGCACCAGGGAAAGAUUGAAAGGGUCUUUCUAGAUGAAAUAGCAAAGGCCGGCACCACAGUACAGCGUCCUUGGACGAUCGUAGGGUUCAAAAAUGAUGGCAAGGAUGAAACCUACCCGGUGGAGGUGAAUUUGAAAUGCCUCGACACGAACGUCAUUGAGACUGUCCGAGCCAAAUACUUGUUCAGCGGUGAGGGCGCAAGGAGCUUCGUGAGGGAGCAGCUGGGGAUCAAAAUCCACUACAAAGAUCCUAUCGCGUUCGUGUGGGGUGUCAUGGAUGGAGUCGUGCGGACGGAUUUCCCGGACAUUAAGACCAAAUGCACGAUUCACUCGGAUAGCGGCUCGAUCAUGGUCAUACCGCGUGAGGAAAACAUGGUCCGACUCUAUGUUCAAAUCGCUUCCUCGACCGAUCCGGACUGGAACCCGAGAAAAACCGCUACAGUCGAGGAAGUCCAAGCGGCGGCGAAGAAGAUCCUCCGGCCGUACAGCAUCGAAUGGGAUCGCGUCGAAUGGUACUCGGUGUACCCGAUCGGGCAGGGAAUUGCUGAGAAAUACACGUUGGAUCACCGGAUAUUCAUGGGAGGCGAUGCCUGUCACACUCACAGCCCCAAGGCAGGCCAGGGUAUGAACACUGCUUUCCACGACGCCCUUAAUCUUGCAUGGAAAAUCCAUGCCGUGGAGUCCGGCUUUGCUCAGCGAUCCAUCCUGGCCUCGUACGAGAGCGAACGCAAGAAGAUUGCGGAGAACCUGUUGGAUUUUGACAACAAAUAUGCUACCCUCUUCUCGAAACGUCCUCCAUCGGCAGACGAGGUGGAUUCUGCGAGCUCAUACAAUGCCAGUUCUGUGCAAAAUGAAUUCGUGGAGACCUUCAAGUCUGCCUGCGAAUUCACCAGUGGAUAUGGAGUCGCGUACGAGCCGAAUAUCUUCAACUGGAGUCCCGAUCACCCGGCCAAAUCACCGUUAUUUAACAUUCCUGGGGUCAAAUUGACCCCUGGACGGGCGUUCACUCCGACUUCAGUGACUCGACUUUCCGACGCCAAUAUCGUCCAUCUCGAACAAGAGGUCCCAGCUAACGGUGCUUUCCGGAUCUUUGUCUUUGCUGGCUCUCCAUCGAAGACCAAGAAAGCGAUCGAGGACUUUGCCGCCAACCUUGAGAAGGAACGAUCCUUCCUCUCCGUGUACCGAAGACCAGACAUUGCGAACGUCUCGUAUUUUGAACGCCAUAACCCUCAUUCAAAGCUGUUCACGAUCUGCGUGAUAUAUGCUUCUGAGAAGAAUGCCGUCGACUUGCAGACCCUACCGAGGAUCAUCAGAGACUACCAUCACCAUAUUUACGCAGAUGAUAUCCCUGAUAUUCGGGUACCGCAAGCCAAAUACGCUGCGCAUGAGAAGCUGGGUUUCGAUCCUGAGAAGGGUGGCGUUGUGGUGACCCGGCCAGACAGCCAUGUCGCCUGCACGAUCCAGCUGGUGGAAGGAAAUGGCACGGUCGACGCGCUGAACGAAUAUUUCGGCUCGUUUUCAACGAAGCCGCUUGGACAAAGCUCACAGUCGAGUCAUCUUUAG